AUGGAGCAAGUGAUGACAGAGGCGCCUAGAUCGUCAGUGAAGAAGCAGGAGUAUAUGAGUAGGAUGGACGAGAUUAAGAAGAUACAGGAGAAAGAGAUGGAGCAGAGGAAGAUGGUAAACAUGAAGUAUUCGGAGGAGACAUCCAGGAAGUUGUUGAGCAGGUACUAUCAGCAGGAGGCAGAGAUUUUGGACAAGAAGGCAGAGAUGAUGAAUGGGUUUUAUGUGCCUAAAGAUUCUGAGUUUUUUGUAGCAGUGCUAAUUAGGUCUAAGUGCAAGAUUGCACCAAAACCACGCAAGGUGCUAGAUUUAUUCCGAUUGACCAAGCUAAACACUUGUGUGAUAGUGAGGAAUAACGAGUCAAACAAGAAGAUGCUCAACAUUGUGAAGGAGUAUGUUGCGUAUGGAACUAUUGAUAUGGAGUUGCUAAGGAAGUUGGUUUAUACCCGAGGGACUGGAAGGAAUGGAAAGCUGCGUAUGAAGCUGACAAAUGAGGUAAUUGAGGAUAUGUUUGAUGGAAGGAUACGAUGUAUUGAGGAGAUAAUCCACUGCAUAUACAACGGAACUGAAAUGUUUAAGGAGGUGAACAACUUCUUGUAUCCUUUCCACCUGAAUCCGCCUGUUGGAGGAUUUAGGCAAAAGAAGACCAGGAAUUUUAAUGAGGGAGGAUGCCUUGGAAAUCAUCAUGAUCUGCUGCAUAAGCUUCUUGAGAGGAUGAUCUAA